AACCGCCAUCUCCAUCAUGUCGCAAUCUUUUGAUUUUGCAGACUAUUCACAUAGACGGUGGAAUCCUUUAACGGACUCUUGGGUAAUGUGCUCCCCACACCGCUCGAAGCGACCCUGGCACGGCGAACAGGGAGGUGAUUCAUUGGGACAGAAGCCCGCAUAUGACCCGACCUGUUAUUUAUGUCCUUCAAAUUCUCGGGCAGGAGGAAAAGAAAUGAACCCUUCCUAUACGAGUACUUUUGUCUUUCCCAAUGAUUUUCCCGCGGUUCAGGAAACGCAACCCGUGUACUCGUGGAGCAUUCCUGCUACUAGUACGGACAACUUGCAAAGCGUCGCAAACACGGAAAACAUGCAAAGUAUUGCACAUAGCCUCUUAAAAGCCGAAAUCGUUCGCGGGCAAUGCAGGGUGGUGUGCUUCUCACCCCGACACGAUUUAACCAUGGCUGAAAUGGACAUUGAUGAGAUCCUAGCCGUCGUCAAAACCUGGACGCGCGAGUACAUUGAACUUUCAGCCAAAGAGUACAUCAACUAUAUCCAGAUAUUUGAAAAUAAGGGAUCCAUGAUGGGAUGCUCCAACCCUCACCCACAUGGUCAAAUGUGGGCUUUAGGAGACAUACCCCAAGAACCAUCUAGAGAGCUCUCUUCCAUGAAAAAGUACUAUGAAGAACACUCUAGAUGUCUGCUUUGCGAUUAUGUUGCGCUGGAGACGAGAGAUGGUGCACGCAUCGUGUGUGAGAAUGAUUCUUUUGUGUGCCUAGUUCCGUUUUGGGCUGUUUGGCCUUUUGAGACAUUGGUGGUUAGUAAACACCAUUUGGGGUCUUUGGUCGAUUUGAAUCCUGUGCAGCAAAAGGAUUUGGCGGAUGUGAUGAGGAGGGUGGCGUGCCGAUACGACAAUGUCUUUGAGAGUUCGUUCCCGUACUCCAUGGGUAUUCAUGGAGCACCAUGUGAUGGUCAACCCCACGCAAAUGACUGUCAUCUCCAUCUUCAUUUUUAUCCACCCCUCCUGCGAAGUGCUACGAUUAAAAAGUUUCUGGUUGGGUUUGAAAUGAUGGCGGAACCACAGAGGGAUUUGACUCCGGAACAAGCAGCGGAGCGGUUGCGGGGGUGUUCAGAGAUACAUUAUAAAAUGACAAACACUCUUUAGAUAGACAUGUAAAACCUGUACUUGGAUUAUAAUGUGAUCAUUGCAUAAUGUCAUUGGCA